UUCCGGACCACCACGUUAUAGCUUGAAAUGGCAACGACAGGCCGUUCCAGUGAUCGCACGGAUGCAGAAAGCAAGAAUGCCAUGGAAGAGCAUAACAAGUAUCCCGAUGCGAGGUCGUUCGUGUACUUGAAUGUCCUUGGCAAUUCAUUCCACACAAGUCCGGCAAGAAAAGGCCAGUCGCUCAGCGAGGCGCAGCUCACUCACGAACACCGCAUGGCUUUGAAAGGAAGAAUCGAUAAAGGGAUGCACGUUCUGGAUUGUGGAUGUGGCGCCGGCGGACCGGCUCGAUCGAUAGCAACUCUUACUGGAGCGAGAGUGACUGGAAUCAACAUCAGCAAGUAUGAGCUAAACGCUGCUCGAGAAGUCACCAAGAAAAUGAAUUUGGAGCAUCUCUGUGACUUCAAAGAGGCCAGCUUUGAUGAAUUGCCUUUUGAUGAGGGUACGUUUGAUCGAGUCAUUAGUAUAGAAGCUGUUCUUCAUGCAAAAGACAGCCGACGUGUAUUUAGUGAAAUCUAUCGUGUCCUCAAGCCUGGGGGCAUCUAUAUUAGUCACGAUUGGGCCAUGAAAGAGAAAUACGACGAGUCAAACUCAGAACACAGACAGAUCAUCAAGUCAAUGGUUGAUAACUAUGGUCUGUACGGACUCGAAACUACGUCCAAACUUGAACAAUUUUUUCGCGAUUGUGGGUUCAACAUCCUCGAAACUGGCGAUUUUAGCGAUGACUCUCAAGUUCAUUGGACUGAGUAUUUGGAACAAGAAGGAGGACUUUUGACUUCUUGGUUGGGUGACAGGUUUUUCUUCCCAUUUAUCUACCUAUUGGAGACUUUGCGAAUCGCACCGAAAGGCACGCUGUCUGUUGUGGAUUUGAUGGACAAGGCAAAGGUCGCAAUGAUUCGUGGAGGCAAAUUGGGGAUUCUCACUUCAAUGGCUAUGUUUAUUGUCCAGAAGCCAGCAGCUUAGAUCGGAUCUGCUCGUCAGGCAAUUGACAAUAGAACUCGUGUCUUACAAUAGUUAAUGGAAAGAUAUGUGGUGACUAUAGAGUUACAUAGUUUGUGUGUUAGAAUGCAGUCAUUGCACUGUAUGGUGCUAGACGUGCAAGUAUGUAUGUUAAGUGUUUGAUGGUCUAGAUGAAGAUCGUGUUUGGCUAAAGAGAUCGACAGUCACAGCAA